UGGGGAAACGUACCAAUGCAUCUUUCCCCCCACCUGUCCCCUCCCCAACACCCCCAGUGCACCCCAACACCUCUUUACCUCGCCUCUUCCCCAUCACCUCCUCCCCCAUCACCUCUUCCCCAUCACCUCCUCUUCCCCACCACCUCCUCUUCCUCUUCUUCACCUCUUCAUCGGGUACAGGAGCGUUACACAAGCCCUCUGGUAACCGUUGGCCGCCUCUUUUGCCAAACAAGGCCGCCCACACAUCUACUGAACGCACGCCCGCACGCACGCACGUACGCUGGCGGUGGUGGUGGUGGUGGUGAUGGUGGUGUGUGUGUGAGUGAGUCCGUGUGUGUGUGGCAGUUUGUGUUACGUGAGUGUGUUGUGCGGUGCCGUGCUGGGCGACUCUCUAACGUGGAGCACAUGGUGCAGACAACGAUGGCGGCGCCGUUCCCUUACAGUCAGAACGGCGAGGCGGGGGCGGGUAAAGAAGGGCCCGGCAAAGACGGGCCGCCCUUCUCACCACCAGGAGCCCCGGGGGCACCCACCCCCGGGGCUCCAGGGGCUCCCCCGGCCCCACAGGCCACACCCACUGCCGCCGUUCCAGGCGUUCCCGUCACAGUCUCCUCCAGCGGAGCGACGGUGGCGGGAGGUCUUCCUGUGCAGGUCCCCGUGGGUCCCCCUGUGGUGCCCAACGGGGUGGAGCAGCAGGCCGUGAAUGCGAACGAGGCAGAGAAUGGGGAGGCAGCAGCCAACGGUCAGCCUGGCACCCCGGCCCCCGCCAAGGAGCAACCCAAGCGCCUCCACGUGUCCAAUAUUCCCUUCAGAUUUCGUGAUCCAGACCUCAGAAACAUGUUUUGGGGUGAGAAAUUCGGCACAAUCCUCGAUGUGGAAAUAAUCUUCAAUGAGAGAGGCUCAAAGGGGUUCGGCUUUGUGACAUUUGCCUCAGCCGCAGAUGCAGACCGUGCCCGGGAGUCCCUCAAUGGCACAGUUGUCGAGGGUCGCAAAAUUGAGGUGAACAAUGCCACCGCCCGAGUUCAAACCAAGAAGCCGGCAGCAGCAGUCCCAAAUGUUAUACUCGCUAGAAAUGGAAUGGUGCCAACUGCCGUGGCGGCGGCCCUCCGAGGUGUUGCGAUCCAGCGUGGCAGGGCUCGGACGUAUCCGGCCACUGCCCUUGCACGUCAUCCCACCCCACUAACAGCUGCCGCCACAGCUCUGCAUGGCUACACACCCGGAGUAUAUUAUGACCCCUUCCUAGCAGCCCAGGCAGCCACGGCAACUCCUCUGCAGGUGAAUCCACAAGCAGCUGCCGCCGCAGCAGCAGCGGUGGGCCAGUCUGCCGCUGCCGUCGGUGCAGUCGCCCCAGCGGCCGUUGGGGCCUCGGCCGCCCAGCUCCUUAAAACACCAACACUUUCUGUCUCAACGGCCCAACAGGCAGGCUAUGCAGCAGCAGCAAAUGCUUACACCGCCGCCGCAGCGCGGGCUUAUGGAGUGGCUGCCGCGGCCGCCCAACCCGCCGCCGCCGUCGCCGCCUACCCCACCAUCGCCGCCGGAUCGAUCUAUUACAGUGACAGGCCCUACCCUGACCCAUACAUCGCCGCUGCAUCGGGUAUUGGACCAGUGGCUGGCUACGGGGCGGUCUACAGAGGCAGCUACAAUCGCUUUGCACCGUACUGAGGACCUCAAGUGUGCAUUCACUAAGUAACAUGACAAUGCUGUUAUUAAUUGCUCAUUAAAGACUAUGUUGAUCUGUGUGAUUGUAUAAUUAUACAAAAGACUGCUCCCAGCCCUCAGCCAUCUAUUGUAGUAUACUCCCACGGACUGCCGCCACAACCUUCGGCCGGCAGUCUACUCAUCUUGGCAACCCUGAAGAUUGUCUAAACAGCCCACUUCUACUUGCUUGUAGGGCUCUGUCUCACAGCAGCAACUUAGAGAGGAGCAGAGGCCUCCUGGCAGCCUGCCCUCUAGUGACCGCACUGCUGGGCCCACCACCAGCGGCCCUGGCAACGGGUCAGCAAGUGCUUAGUGUGACAGACUGGAAAUUUUGAGUGCUUUAAAGGUGGCUGUAGCGUGGCAUCCAGUGUGUACAACAGGUGGCGGGGCUGGAAGGGUGUGUGUUGCCACCCACACUAACCUGACCAACACAUGACUCUGUGCUGUUGUUACCAUUUCCCUCUACCAUUUUGUAUGAAGAGUCGUAGAGUGAAUUUCUGGACGAUUUGGGAGACCUCAGUUUCAGCCCAUGUAGGUAAUUUCUGAGUCGGUGAAGUAUUUGUUAUGUUGAGAGUAGAUGUGGUCACUUUCAUGAAAAUUUGUGAAAUGACAUAGUGCAUUUUUAAUGUAUUCAACGAAACAUUUGACAAGUGUGACUCAUAUAACUUAUACUUGUACAGUGUAUGUUUACACUCCUAAGGUAAACUUGAUAACCAGUUAUGAAUCUCGACUUCUGAUAGACCUAUUGAUAUUAGCUAUAGAAUCUCAUCCUCCUUAUUACUUCCACUUGAAUUUUUAAUUUUUCAAAACUCAAAAGUGCACAGCUUGCACUUCUAAUAUAAUGUUAUUUUAUACGUGAUGCAAUGUCAUAACAUCAUGAAUUUGAAGACAUUGUAUGAAACUGUUGUUGGUGUUAGAGAUUUUUGUAUGAUGCAGAACCCCACGUCUAAGGUCACAUGUAGUCACUAAGUCACAAAGAGUUUAUUUGUUUUCAGUCAGUUUUCAUUAUUGUAGAAAAUAUCAAUUGUAGCCAAGACAAUCAUGUUUCAUUUACACACUCUAGGACUAAAACGCAUCUGUCAUGUUUUUGCAUUACAAAAAAAACUUGUGUGGGUUCUCCAAUAUACCUCCUUUUUUUAGGUCAGUACAUUGUUUUGUAGGCUAAUUCUUAUUUUCCUUGUACAAUAUUUGUAAGUUUGCACCAAGCUGUUGAAAAUCAAAGUGUUUUUAGUGGUGGACAGCACAAUCAAUUUCUCCAUAUGCCCAAAGUGAUAAGUCUUGUGGAUGUUUGCUCUGUGCAUUUUCCAGUAGCAAUGUGAUCAGUCGUGUAAACUGUGAGCCGUUUUCAUUAAUGCUCAUCCUAAAUAAUGACAAAUGUAUUCAUUAUUGAUAUUAUUGUGUCAUCAGUGUCCGAAGUCUCAUCGACAGCUGUUAAUUUUUAUCUUUUUUUUUUCUUUUCUUUUUUUUCAUUUUUUUUUUUUUUUUUUUUUUUUUUUUUUUUCCAUCAUCAUUCUAAUCUCACCCUCCAUCCCUUCCUCCCUCCCUCCCUCUCACAUAUUGUAUCCAGUGGCUUUUCUGCACCGUGUGUAUGUGUGUCUGGCGUUGUGAGUGAAGGGAGCAGUGGCACACACACAAACCCUCAGGUAACUAAUCACUGGCUCAACCCAUCACCCCCAACCAACACACUUGCACCUCACUUUUUCCUUCCUCCCAGUCCUCACUCCCUUGUUCACUCACCAGAUCCUCCUUACCCUUGUCCUUCCUUUGAUCCUUUUCCUGUCCACUUCCCCUCUCCUCCUCCUGGUAUGCCCUUCACACCACCUGCCAUUCACUUAAUCCCUGUAAUCCCAAGACGUGCAGUUAUCCAUCCCAUUUUUGCCUUGCAGUGUUUUGUUGGUCUAGGUUUCUUUCUGCUGUGAACUAUUAUCAUUAUUUUUGGUUCAUGUUUUUUACGACCCCUUUUCUUUGUGCUUGUGUGAAUUGACUUGGAAACUGCCAUGUUUUGCUUUUUUAUUGUUAUUAUUAUUAUUAUUUUUCUUAUUCGCAUGAUACUACUUCAAAUAAGUGACAGGGUGCAAUAUGUUUUUUUUUUUUUUUUUUUUUUUUUUUUUUUUUUUUUUUUUUUUCCCCACAUGAAAUCUGUGGUAGCAUUUUCAGGAAUGUGUCCGUAGAUUCCAGAUUGUGACUUGUCCAUAGGUAGAUGAGAGAGAGAGAGAGAGAGAGAGAAUGAAAAUGUGUGUGUGUGUGAGAGAGAGAGAGAGAGACUGAAGCUGACUACAUGGGGAUUGCCAGAACCAAAGAUAUCAGUAUUUAUCCAAUCUGCAAAUCUCCAUUCUGUACUAUGCUUUUUUCUUUUUUAUAUACAAUUUUAGUUUUUGUCUACCUUUUACCGUCACUUUAUUAGUUUAAAUGUGCAUAAUGUUUCUUGUACUUUGUUCACCUGAGAGAGAUGGUGGCAGCAUGGAAUGUGAGAAGGAAACCAGGGAAGACCAAGACACAGAGACAGAGAGAGAGAGCAAAACAAAAUAUUCAACCCGACCAAAGAUGUCCUUCAACUAGGGUCUCCUGUGCCAUCAUAUUGUAUUAUUGUUUUGGACGCUGCCCUUGGGUGUUAGUUCGAGAGUGUCCGGGCGGCAGUGUCAGGCAGGCAGCAUCCCUGUGCUUUUACCCGCCACGCAAGGGAUCCCUAGACUAAGGCAGAAGCCCUGAGCCAGCGCACAUAAUGGAGAAUCAGCAAAAUGUGUACGUACUCAUAGUCCUUAGUAGACAGCCUAGAGCAGCCAUGUUUUCGUCAGUGCAGCUAUCAUUGCAGUCAGCCGCUCACCGCGACAUCAAAAACGGCAGCAAUCCUUUUCUAAUUUUUUGAUUGUAUGAAAGCAGCUACACUCCUCUCAGAGUUUAUACAUAAAAGAUUAAAAAAAAAAAGUGAGAGAAAGGUAUUGAAGUAAGUGAGAUAUUUAACCUCAACCCGGCCCCUUCCCUCCCUCCCCCUAACUUGAGAAGUGCUUGAAUAGUUAAUUACAAUUCACAGUUCAGGAAAGAAACCAGACAAUAGAGGUGUGAAGUCUUCCUUUUUAGCACAAUGGAUCAUUUAUGUCGUGUUGUGAAUCAGCGCACAAGAGAGAUUAAUUAAAAAGUAAUGAUAAACUCCUUUGAGUCCCCCAAUUGAGCACAGUGGUGAAUAAGUGUACCGUAACGUCCAGUAUGAACAUGUUUCGUUCGUGUUAAUUUCUUGUAAUCAUUAUAUAAGAAACUUCACCAUUUUUUUGUAUGUUGUAUUAUUGUGUAAUGAUAUUUAGUAAUGACAGGAAGAGUACUAGGUUUAGAACUUUUUGCUCCUUUUCAACCUGAUUGUGGUACUGUACAAAACUGCCCUGUGUUUACUCUGUAUAAUAAAUAAAAUAUAAAGACAUCCU